AGUUUUUGUUGACAUAUUUAAUAAAAUAAACAUAAGAAACAGCAAUAAGGGUAAUGUUUGCUGCUGUUAUUAUCAUUUAUGCUGAUGUUAAGAAUAGAAAAGCUGCAACUUUAAGACACCCCCCUCCUCCUCCAGCUCCCACGAAUGGUCUUUCCCAGCGCCCGCUUAUCACAGCACAAUUUGUAACAUGCCAUAAUUUCCUCACCGGCGUGCGCGCGCGCGUCUCCCACCCCCGGAGAUCAAAUGUCAUUGCCGGCCGCGGCGGUACCGGCGGUUGGUUGCGCUCGCGUGUUCCCGGACGAUGCCAUCAUCACCAUCCUGUUCUCCAGCGGCGGCGGCGGCGCGGGUCUGCCGCGCCUCCGCGAGCGCAUGAGCGGCGGCGGCGGCGGCGGCGGGAAGGUAGUGCGCGCGCGACGCUUCAGCCGUCGGAGCUGUCAUUGAGGAGGAGGAGGUAGUAGCGGCGGAAACCAGGGUCCAAAGAUGAUGUGCGAGGUGAUGCCCACGAUCAGCGAGGACACGGCGCUGAGCCAGCGCGGCUCGCAGAGCAGCUCCUCCGACCCGGACUCCCACUUUGAGCAGCUGAUGGUCAACAUGCUGGAUGAGCGGGACCGCCUGCUGGAUACGCUGAGGGAGACCCAGGAGAGCCUGGGACUGGCCCAGCAGCAUCUUCAGGACGUCAUCUAUGACAGGGACUCGCUGCAGCGCCAGCUGAGCUCCGCCUUGCCACAGGAGUUUGCUGCGCUGACCAAGGAGCUGAACGCCUGCAGGGAGCAGCUGCUGGAGAAGGAGGAGGAGAUCUCCGAGCUCAAAGCCGAGAGGAACAACACCAGGUUACUUCUGGAACAUCUGGAGUGCCUGGUAUCCAGACACGAGCGUUCUCUCCGGAUGACGGUGGUCAAGCGGCAGGCUCAGUCUCCAUCGGGGGUCUCCAGUGAGGUUGAAGUACUUAAAGCUCUCAAGUCCCUGUUUGAACACCACAAAGCCCUCGAUGAGAAGGUAAGAGAGAGGCUGCGAGUGUCACUGGAGAGAGUCUCCGCCUUGGAGGAGGAGCUAACCGCUGCGAAUCAGGAGAUUGUGGCCUUGCGGGAACAAAAUGCUCACCUUCAGAGAAAAGUGGCGACCGGCGAUGGUGGAGAGGACCUGCUGGAGGGCAGCGAGGCUCAGCAGAAGGUGCACGGAAAGCGUCUGUCCAACGGCUCUCUGGAGUCGGCCCGAGAGGCGAGCCAGGUGGUGGAGCUGCAGGACCUGCUGGAGAAGCAGAACUACGAGCUGGCCCAGAUGAAGGAGCGCAUGUCCUCGCUGUCCUCGCGGGUCUCCGAGGUGGAGCAGGAGCUGGAGACCGCCCGCAAGGACCUCAUCAAGUCGGAGGAGAUGAACAACAAGUACCAGAGGGACAUCAAAGAGGCCAUGUGCCAGAAGGAGGACAUGGAAGAACGGAUCGUCACUUUGGAGAAACGCUACCUGAGCGCCCAGCGAGAGUCCACCUCCGUCCACGACAUCAACGACAAGCUGGAGAACGAGUUGGCCAAUAAAGAGGCCUUCCUCAGACAGAUGGAGGAGAAGAACCGGCAGCUGCAGGAGAGGCUGGAACUGGCGGAGCAGAAGCUCCAGCAGACCAUGAGGAAGGCGGAGACUCUCCCUGAGGUGGAGGCGGAGCUUGCACAGAGGAUAGCUGCCCUCACAAAGUCUGACUCCAGCUCCUCCUCCUCCCCCGAUGAUUAUCACUUUGUUAUGGAAGCUAAACUCCAAGACAUGAACUCCAUUCUUAGGAAGGCGGAAGAGCGUCACGGGAGCAUCGAGGAGCGAAUGAGGCACUUGGAAUGCCAGCUGGAGGAGAAGAACCAGGAGCUGCUGAGGGCUCGACAGAGAGAAAAGAUGAACGAAGAGCACAACAAGCGGCUGUCGGACACCGUGGACCGCCUCCUCACCGAGUCCAACGAGCGUCUGCAGCUCCACCUCAAAGAGCGGAUGGCGGCCCUCGAGGAGAAGAACAUGUUAAUUCAAGACUCGGAUGGAUACAGGAAACAGUACGAGGAGUCGCUCCACGAAAAAUCGCAGCUGGCGGAGGAGAUGGAGAAGCUGAGAGCAGAGCUGGACCAGUACAGGCUGAGGGCGGGCUCCCUCACUGAACCCACUCUGUCACGGUCUCAUCUGGACACGUCGGGGGAGCUUCGAUUCUCGAUGGGGUCUCUGGCUGAAACGCAGUCGGACCACUACCGCUCGGCCAAAGUCAUCCGCCGGCCCAGGAGAGGAAGGAUGGGUCUACGGGACGCCAAGGCCAAAUCACUGGGGGAGCACGAAUGGCGCUCGCAGCAGCUGGGAGUCCUGGGGGGCCACCCCUUCGAGAGCGACACGGAAAUGUCUGACAUCGACGACGACGACAGAGAAACCUUGUUCAGCUCCAUGGACCUGCUCUCCCCCAGCGGCCACUCCGACGCACAAACCCUGGCGAUGAUGCUGCAGGAGCAGCUGGACGCCAUCAACAAGGAGAUUCGGCUCAUCCAGGAGGAGAAGGAGUCCACCGAGCUGCGGGCGGAGGAGAUCGAGAACCGCGUGGCCAGCGUCAGCCUGGAGGGCCUCAACCUGGCCCGGAUGCACCACCACGGCGCCUCCAUCACCGCCUCCGCCACCGCCUCCUCGCUGGCCUCCUCCUCCCCACCCAGCGGACACUCCACCCCCAAACUGGACCCGCGGAGCCCCGCCCGGGACAUGGAGCGCAUGGGGGUCAUGACGCUGCCCAGUGACUUAAGGAAACACAGGAGGAAGAUCGCAGCGGUGGAGGAGGACGGCCGGGAGGACAAGGCCACCAUCAAAUGUGAGACGUCGCCGCCCCCAACGCCACGCACCGUCCGAAUGACGCACACACUGCCGGCCUCCUCGCACAACGAUGCACGGGGGAUCGUAGCCUCCCUGGAGGCUGACGCUAGUGCGCUAAGUAGUGUUGCCAGCAGCCAAGACUCCCUUCACAAGCAGCCGAAGAAGAAGGGUAUCAAAUCCUCCAUCGGACGGCUGUUUGGCAAGAAGGAGAAAGGCCGACUGGCACAUCUGGCGCACAGACAAGUCAUGGUGGAUCCCCAAGCCACUCUGAUGGACUCGGAUGUGUCGGGCCAGGACAUGGGGGUGGGCAAGCUGGGCACUCAGGCGGAGAAGGACCGCAGAUUGAAAAAGAACGGACACGAGCUGCUGGAGGAGGCCAGGAGGAAAGGGUUACCUUUCGCUCAAUGGGACGGCCCCACUGUGGUAGCCUGGCUAGAGCUGUGGUUGGGGAUGCCAGCCUGGUACGUAGCGGCGUGCCGCGCUAACGUGAAGAGCGGCGCUAUCAUGUCGGCUCUCUCCGACACAGAGAUCCAGAGGGAGAUCGGGAUCAGCAAUCCUCUUCACCGGCUCAAGCUCCGCCUGGCCAUCCAGGAAAUGGUCUCCCUGACCAGCCCCUCCGCCCCGCCCACAACCAGAACCCCGUCAGGCAACGUAUGGGUGACCCAUGAGGAGAUGGAGACUCUGGCAGCCCCCUCUAAAACGAAAUCGGACUCUGAAGAAGGAAGCUGGGCACAGACUCUCGCCUACGGAGACAUGAACCACGAGUGGAUCGGCAAUGAGUGGCUGCCCAGUCUCGGACUACCUCAGUACCGCAGCUACUUCAUGGAGUGUUUGGUGGACGCUCGCAUGUUGGACCACCUGACCAAGAAGGACCUGAGGGUCCACCUGAAGAUGGUGGACAGCUUCCACAGAACAAGUUUACAGUACGGGAUCAUGUGUCUGAAGAAGCUCAACUAUGACCGCAAAGAGCUGGAGAGACGCAGAGAACACAGUCAGCAUGAGAUCAGAGAUGUGCUGGUGUGGAGCAACGAGCGGGUCAUCCGCUGGGUGCAGAGCAUCGGCCUGAGGGACUACGCCAACAUCCUGCUGGAGAGCGGCGUGCACGGAGCUCUGGUCGCCUUGGAUGACAACUUCGACUACAGCAGCCUGGCUCUGCUCCUCCAGAUCCCCAACCAAAACACUCAGGCACGUCAAAUCCUGGAGCGAGAGUACAAUAACCUGCUGGCGUUGGGCACCGACCGGCGGCUGGACGAGUGCGAUGACAAAGACUUCCGCGGCCCGUCGUGGCGAAGGCAGUUCCCUCCGCGGGACAUCCACGGCAUCAGCAUGAUGCCCGGCUCUGCGGAAACGCUCCCCGCAGGUUUCCGCCUGACGGCGACGUCCGGCCACUCCCGAAGACUGCCCCCUGAGGUCCUCUAUGAGGUUCUGGACGACAGUCCUGAUGACAUGUAUUUGGACUGGUUUCAAGUCGGACCGUCUGCGGUGCAGCGCCUGGACAGCUCCACGGUGAGAACCUACUCCUGCUGAGAGGAGGAAGAGGGGGACCUUAAACUGUACGCUUUACAGUUCUGAGGGAGCCGGACCCGCCGAGGAUCACAACAAUCUGAUGACAUGCACUGCCAAGAAGCCCCGCCCUCUCGCCCUGCACCAGGCGCCGGUGCUAAACAGUCCUGCAGGCUGCCCCCCCCCGUCACCAUUUCUACCUUUUACAUGUACAGUAACUUGUCAAAGCAUAAUGUACUGUGUAUUUCUUCUACAGGAGGUGUGUAGGUUAUCUGUAAAUUAAUAUAAAUAUGCCAUUUUUAAUAUAUACACACAUAAAUGUAUAAAAAAAGAGAGUUUGUGCAAAAAAAAAAACAAAAAUAGUCCCGACGCCCCAUUAGUGGACCAUAGAUGAAUAUAUGCUGCUCUUUAAACUAUAUCCCCUCCCUGCAGAUAUUUUUUUUAUGAUUUGGGUUAGUGUGGUGUGCCCUCUAGUGGUGCCUCGUCGAAGCACAUCAAACUUCAUUUUCAUCAAACAGAAAAACAAAAAAAGAGGAGGAGUCGACGCAGCCAAGGACAACGCUGUUGCACAAACGUCCUCUCAGAGAACAAACUAAAGUCGUCGUUUGUGGAGCUGUCGGGAGACACAAAGUACACUUACAGCCGCGCUGGCCUUCUCCACCCCCAACAGGAAGUAACUGAGCGGCGGACGGCUGUAGCUCAUAGUGACGUGUGAUCAUGGUGAAGUGAGGUGACUUCCAUUUUUUCCAGUCCUGCCGUCUGUCUGUCAGUUAUUUCCUCUGGAAAACUCUUUCGUUUGUUUUUACAUCCUCACUUUGCACGAACAAGAAAUCAUUUUUUUUGUUUUUUUUUAAUUUAUUACUUCUUCUUGUACUUUGGUCAGAAAUAUGUGGUGAGCAAACGACUUUUCAUUGUCAAUAAAAAACGGAAAAACUUUUA